AGCAAAUCAAACAAUUAACUGCAAAGAUACAAAACUAUUUUUAACUUCAGAUACUGCAGUGGGGAUAUGUAUUUUCUCAAAAAGAAGGGUAGCAUACCAAAUAAUGUUAACAGCAACCUUAAUCAGCUCAAUUCAUUGGAUUCGCCGCCAGCGGUGGAGGAGCAUGAAACUGCACAACUGGCGCACAAUAAUGCCAGCAACAAUAGCACCAAUGAACAGUAUUUGACUCAAGUGCUGGUGGUGAAUGACACGAAAAUUGAUGCACCAACACUGCCGGCAAACGUUGAACCAAUAGCACGAAUAGUUUCCAAUGGAAAUGAGAUCAGGUCGGUCAUUAUGGCGCAUUGCAACGUCACUGCACCGAUUGCACGUGAGGAAGAAGCAAAUUGUGUUUGUGCCACAGAAAAUAUCGAAAACGGUAACGUAGACAACGCGGUUAAGCGCAGUAAAUCGCGUGUUCGUAACUAUCUGAAGAAAUGUAAAGACCGUUUAACUGGUCACUGUAAUCAAUCAACAAAUCUGGAAUCGAUUACUGAAUCAAUACCAACAACUGUAACAACAACAACAGCUGCAAUAACAACUACAGCAACAACAACAACAAAUGCAACAGUCAACACAAUAACAGAUACAAUUACUGCAUAUUCUCCUCCUGUAGUCCAAGCACUUGGGACAAUAUGUGAAAGAUCUGUUGAGUGUUUAGCGGAGAUGAAUUUAACUUCAUUAGAUGCUGCUGAUGAGGAUGAAUGUUCCUAUGAUGAUAUUAACUUUAGUUUAACCUCAUCUAUCACAAUGACGGGUAAUGAAAUUAAUCCAGAUAAUUGUGAUAAUGUAACGCUAAGUGAAUUAAACUGUGACACUUCGAUUAGGGACGAACGAUUGGCGCGAAUGUUACAGCUGAAACCUAAUGUUAGCGAUUUAAUUGAUAAACAUCUGUCGCAUAUUUAUCCUGUUUAUUUUGAGUAUACACGCGAAGUUUUAAUACGUCAAGCCUGUGAUGUACUAAUUUCUUCCUUUGACGGCAAUCUUGAACAGUUUGAAGAAGAUUUCUUACUUAGGUACACAGAGAUUGCAUCCAAGCUCAAAGAAAAGCACACAAUUGGAGAGGCUGCUAUAUAUAUUUCUGGCCUAAUUGUCGCAGGUGACGAAUUAUGGAUUUAUGCGUAUGAGCCCGAAACAAAACAACAAUCGAUCGUGUGGUUCUUCGAAGACGAGCCAAAUCCAACGAAAGUUGUUCGUGGAAGAAGCACUUCGAAGCAAAUGGUCGCCUGUUUCUUCGGCAAAACUGGUCAUGUGGCGACUGUUCCGUUUGAACAACGAAGGACGGUCACUUCUGAGUGGUACACCACUUGCUUGCCUGAAGUCUUCGGAGAAAUUCGAAAAACGAACGAGAGAAGACAAAUUAUUGUUCACUAUGACAACGAAAACUCUCACACAUCGGCUCAAACCAGCGCCUUUUUGUCCGGCUAA